ACCUUUUGUGCCUGUCCUUUUGAGAUCCUCACCAGUCACCACGGCCAUCAUCAUCAUUUAGCUUUUACAGUUUCAUAUAUCCUCUCCAAAAGUCUCUCUCUCUCUCUAAAAUACCAUAGAUUUAUGUAUAGUUUCGGGGGAAUCAAGCUCUGAUUUUGUGGAACAAGCAAAGCAAUCAUACCACUAUACUUGGAGGAUAAAGAUUUAGAGACUGUCUAUCAUACAUAACAAGCAUGGGAUCUUUCAAGGGUCAUGCUGUGCCAGGGACUUUGUUCUUGGUGGUUGGAGCCUGGCACAUAUGGAGCGCUGUGGUUCGCUAUGUAUCAAAUCCCAAGUCAUUCCGGGUCCAUGUUUGGAACCCUGUGCCAGGUUUUGAUGGGAAGCUCAAGUACUUGGAGCUUUACGUGGUAGCUGUUGGUGCCUUUAUUGAUUUGUGUAUUGAGCUUUUGUAUGCUCCUCACCUCAAGUAUUUUGUUAAUGGGGUCUUGAACCCAUCUCACAUGAAUAAUUUUGAGCACUCUGGGAUGCUUAUCAUGUUCCUCAUAUUCGGGGUCAUUGCUUUGUUAUCAGAGAAAACGAGCUUUCUCCCUUUGCCAGAAGGAGCGCUUUGUUUGAUUGCCUCUACAGCGUUCAGUGCAGAGUAUCUCCUAUUUAACUUUCAUUCAACAACCCAUAAAGGCCUUGAAGGGUACUACCAUCUCAUCCUUGUUCUCCUAAUCGGGCUUUGCAUUUUGUCCUCAGUUGCUGGUGCUCUGAUUCCUACGAGCUUCCCAGUUGAUUUAUGUAAUGGUAUCGCUAUAGCUCUCCAAGGCUUAUGGUUCUAUCAGACAGCCUUCACCCUCUACGGCCCCAUGAUGCCAGAUGGCUGCCGGCUGAAGGAAAGUGAAAUAUUAUGUCGAUCAACGGAGAAAGAGGUUAGAGGAGAGCAGCUUGCUAACGUCCAGCUCUUUGUGUUGGUCCUUGGUGUCCUUGUUGGAGUUGUUGUAUCUUAUGCUUUUGCAGCUUCAAGAUAUGGCCGUUCUGAUUCAAGAAGAUUGCAAACCGUUCAGGAUGGAUUAGAUUGACGUUCAAGGAGGGUUUUUUAAUGCAUCUGCUGAAGGAGAUCUAUUUUUGUAGUUAGGAGAGAUUUCUGAAGCUGGCUGAGAGCCUGAGACAGAAGUCACGAAACCAGUAGACAAUGAAUAAUUGUAGGAGAAGUAGCCCGCAAUACACUGUAAAUUAUUACUCCAUUCUUCUUUAAUGGUAAUCAUUUAAGACCGACCUUAAAGAAAGGAAUUAAGUCCUGCUCCUUGUUAUGAUGUAUGGACCCGCCUUUGUUAGUUAAUGCUCAAAUACAGUUACAGUUAUUCUGGUGUGGAAAAUUCAAUUCGCAAAAGAAGUUGCAAAAUUUGGUGCGACCAUAUCUUCGCAGCUGGUUGAUCAUUUUCUAAGGUCCUCCAUUCACAACUGCAUUAUAUAAACUGGAUCAAGCAUGGAAAGCUCUUAACAGAAGAAACCAAAACAAAGGUUCUAGAGCUUCCAAAGGUCAGGUACUAUCGAUCUCACAAUUCGGUCAAGCACAACUUACAACAUGCAUGAAUACCACCCUUGUCACAUCUAUACUCUGUCCAAGUUACUGAAAAUUUUGUUAUCACACGAUGAUGGAAGAUUUAAUGCUAUGGUCAAAUCCACUAGCUCCCUCUGCCACUAUCAAAUUCAUAAAACAGCCUCCCAAGUACAAAUGCUUCAAAAUUGCUACUCAUUUUCUUUGCUGAUGCACGGGGAAAAACCAUGGAAAGUGAAGAUAAAUUUCAGAAAUUCAAAACAAGGUGAAUUCACAGCCACAGGAACUUAUAUCAUGAAGCAACCAGGAAUUCUGUAGAGUCAAAUACUGAUUAUAAGUACUUCAUUACUUUUAUCAUGCAUUCCCCUACUGAUAAAGUCGUUAUGGUUAUGUCCACCCCAUUCAGUAAGGAAUAACAAUCGAUUC